UUGCCGAAACCUCAACGCAAGCUCAGUUCUUCAACAAGAUUCUCAGAUGAACUCCCUUCCGCAAUCAACUAUUUGGCAAAACAAGGAACUCUCCACAGCGUCGACAAAAGAGUUUACUCGCCCACUUUCAAAGACCGUUCGAAAACAAACAAGGAUGUGAAACGCGUACUAAAGGUUUCACUGUCUUCAAUAUUUGCUGAUUACAUUCAAGACGCAGUUCAUAUAGCACUGGAAAGUCUGCAUCUAAAAUAUUUCUCAGAACUCAUAAUCUCAUUCCCUAUCACUGAAACAAUGGUACAAAUUCCUUUCCAUAACCUUGUGACCCUUGUUGAACGAUGUGCUAACGAUAGUUGUUCAGGUGUCUCUGACCUCGAAUUCCAUCGCUUCCAGAUGCUCUAUGAAGGUGCAAAGCGACACAAACCAACAAUAUACCACUAUAGUUUUGACGGCAUGAUCAAUUGUGAGGUGAACCGUUUUUCCCUUACAGCUGAAAAUUACCUGCUCACACAGCGGAUGCCUGAGAGAUGA